AUGAGCUCAGACAUAUGGCUUGGGAGUAGAAGUGGAUUUGUAAGGAAGGAUCAGUGUUCAGUGCGUAAUGAAGAAUACGCUGAGGAUAUGGAGAUGUUGGAGAAAGAGAUUGAGAUGGAGGCUGAACAUGUAUUUCGGAAUGCUGCUUUGAAUUUAAUUACAAAACACUGCAAAGAGUAUAACAUUUCAGAAACUUACAGGGUGCCGAAGCCGUUAUCAGAUAUUGAGGACCUGAAAAAUUACACUUGGAGAAUUUCUACAGCAAGUUCGGAAAUACAAUCAUUACAAGAUUCAAAGACAGGAGAUAUCACUGGCUUUGUUGAAGUGUAUAUAAGUGGUGAUAUAGACGCAGGAGACUCAAGGACGUCUAUGUCACUUAAUAGAACUCCUGAUCUAAAUAGUACCUCAAAUUUCAUGGGUUCUGCAAGCAACGUUCCGUUCUUUCCAGGUGGUUUUGAAGAAGACAUUGAGAAUGUUUUUCGUUUAAUUGACAUCAGUGAGACGGCAGACAGAGAUCCAGAAGAAGAAAAAUAUUUAGAUUUUACUGAGUAUUCAACGUCUGGCUUACUUUUCACUGCUCCUGGAUUGACUGGUGACGGGUUAACACUGUCUGAUAUUAAUGUAUGCAAACGAGAAAACUUUUUUGUUGAUAAUUUGACAGACUUAUUUCAAACAUUCAAUGUAACAGAUCUCGAUGAUACCUCAAGAAAAGUUAAUGAUGACUCUUCUAUCAGUAAUGUUUGUAAUGAGUCCGAAGUUGAUGCAGAAAUAAACGAAGAUAUUGAGAAGUUAGUCGUAGCAUUGGACAAGGAUAAACCAUGUUUGAGUAGAGAGGAUGGUAAUGAAGGGCAUGAUAAAGAAUAUGCAUUUGCUCACGUUUUGGAUACAUCUAAGAGUGUGCCUGAAUAUGAAAAACUAAGGAUUAGAAUGGCUAGAAAGUAUCCAUUCGAAUUGGAUCCAUUCCAGCAGCAGGCAGUUAUUUGUCUGGAUCGCGGGGACUCGGUCUUUGUUGCUGCUCAUACUUCGGCUGGUAAAACAGUCGUUGCUGAAUAUGCUGUUGCUUUAUGUGAUGUACAUAAAACAAGAGCAAUAUAUACUUCACCAAUAAAAGCGCUUUCAAAUCAAAAAUUUCGCGAAUUCAAGUAUAUUUUCGAAGAUGUUGGUCUUGUAACAGGUGAUAUACAGCUGCGUCCUGAAGCAUUUUGUCUCAUAAUGACUACUGAAGUUUUAAGGUGUAUGCUUUAUAAUGGAUCGGAAGUCAUUCGGGAACUAGAGUGGGUUAUUUUUGAUGAAGUCCAUUAUGUCAAUGAUACAGAGCGUGGUCAUGUUUGGGAAGAAGUACUAAUUAUGCUACCAGCACAUGUUAAAAUUGUCAUGUUAAGUGCUACUGUGCCUAACUGUGUUGAAUUUGCUGAUUGGGUCGGACGAAUUAAAAACAAGCACAUAUAUGUGAUUACAACUGCACGGCGUCCAGUACCUCUGGAGCAUUUUUUGUAUACGGGACAAGAUGGUAAAACUAAAAAGGAUAUGUUCAAGAUUAUUAACAGCAAAGGACAAUUUUUGCAUAGAGGAUUUACUAUGGCAAGUGCAGCAAAAGAAAGUAUAAGAAAAACAGUUGCAAAGAGUGGACUUCAUGGUUAUCGAUCGAAUCAAAAACUAGAGUUUCAGUUCAAAAAUAUCUAUAUAACAGUCAUCGAUCAUCUACGCAUGCAAGGCAUGUUGCCGGUUAUUGUGUUUAUCUUCUCAAGACGCAGGUGUGAUGAAAAUGCUUAUUUGCUACGAUCAGUUGAUUUGACUUCUCAAAAAGAAAAAUCUGAUAUACAUCAUUUUUUUUCGAAAUGCAUAGAACGUCUACAAGGCUCUGACAAAAAUCUCCCACAGGUAUUACAAAUGAUCGAGUUGUGCAAGCGUGGUUUUGCGAUACAUCAUAGUGGUAUUUUGCCAAUUUUGAAGGAAGUAGUUGAGUUGCUUUUUCAGAAAGGUUUAGUCAAGGUGCUCUUUGCAACAGAGACAUUUGCAAUGGGUGUCAACAUGCCGGCGAGGACAGUAAUUUUUGACUCGCUGACAAAGCACGAUAACCGAAAUUUGCGUAUGUUAAAUCCUGGAGAAUAUAUCCAGAUGGCUGGUAGAGCAGGUCGGAGAGGUUUGGAUGACACAGGAACUGUAAUUGUUCUUUGCAAAGGUUCUUACGUGCCCAAUUAUCUUGAUUUGGUUAAUUGUAUGCAAGGCAGGCCUAUCAAGUUGAAGUCUCAUUUUAAAGUAACUUAUUCAAUGCUUCUCAAUCUAUUACGGGUGGAACAAUUAAGUAUCGAGGACAUGUUACAAAGAAGUUAUGUUGAAAGUGCAUCGUUAAGACAGGGAUUGGCUAGGAAAUCGUAUUUAAAGAAGACGGAGGAAUUUUUAGCAUCUAAAAUAGAUCCUGAUUGCAAAACUUGUUUCCCUGUCGCAGACAUUUCUAUUUUGGAUUAUUAUGAUAAGUUACGUUUAUUUUUACGGUAUCGAGCUGAUUCUUGGUCAGAACUGCUUCGAUCAUCUACUGAUAAAGUCAUGUUACCCGGACGUUUGGUAAUCGUUUGUUUACCAAACAGUAAACAAAUGUGCACGCUAGCGGUUAUUCUUAAGAUGAUAAUGGAUGAAAGCGUGGUGAAAAUGGAUUUACUACUUGCAGUUGAUGAGGAUUGGCAAGAAUAUGAAGCAGAAUCUAUUAAUCAGAGGCAGCAAGAGAAUUUUGAAUCGUGUUUAAUGCAGUGUGCUGCAUUCUGUGGUCUUGAUGGUCUUCAAAAGCAAAACAUUUUGGAUGAGACAAAACGAGUAUACAGAGUUUUAGUUGGUGUUCCGGUUUAUAAUUUAAUAGCUAUUUGUGAUAAAACUUUGAAAAUCUGUCCGGAGUAUGUAAUGGAAGAUUUAAAAGCAAGGGAACAUCCGAGAAACAGAAAGAAUCCACCAGAUCAGUCUCUAAUGAAAGUGGUGAGAGAAAUUGAUUAUAUAGCAAACAAUUGGAAUAACAAGAGAAAGAGAAAUUUAAAAAUCCCAGGACAAGAUAUUCGAGUUAACAAUGUUGAAAUUCUGCAAAAGAUGCUACACUUGAAUGACCUUCGCAGUGCUCUUACAAACGAUCAGCUUUAUUUUUGUCAGCAGUGUCCAUUAUUUCAGGAGCAUUUUACAUAUGUUUGUGAAAAAAGGAACAUGCAAGACAAGUGUGAUGAACUUCGUAUAAGUCUUUCAUCUGGCGGAUUGAUCUUGUCGCAGGAUUAUAAUGAUCGCAUCAAUGUCUUACGCAGGCUGCACUACAUUGACGAUUCCAAUUUAGUGUCUUUAAAAGGUCGAGUGGCAUGUGAGAUCCAUCAUCAAGAAUUGAUCAUAACUGAACUAAUACUGGACAACAAAUUCCAAUAUCGUUCACCUGCUGAAAUAGCUGCGAUGCUCUCAGCAACAACAUCUCAGCACAAAGUGAAGGAAUCUUAUUACAAAAAGGAGAACGAAAAUGGAGAGACGACGAUUCAACCACCAUCAGUGUUGGAGGAUCUAAAAAAUGAUGUGAUCGAAAUAUGUGAUCGAAUAGCAAGAGUGCAACAAGAAUGUGGUAUCAAAGAUAUUAACCCAGUUGAGGAACUGAGCUUUGAUUUGAUGUAUGUUGUAUAUGAAUGGGCCAAUUUAAUGCCGUUCGCUGACAUUAUGAAGCUGACAGAUGCUCAGGAAGGCUUGAUAGUGCGCUGCAUUCAACGAUUAGAUGAAUUGUGUCGUGAUGUGCGAAGUGCUGCACGGCUAAUUGGUGAUCCUAAAUUAUAUGAAAAAAUGCAAGAUACAUCAACAGCUAUAAAGAGAGAUAUCGUUUUUGCUGCAAGUCUUUAUACUAUUGUAGAUUAA